AUGCCCACUGCAACUGGGUCGGUCGUCUAUGCCCGGCUUUGCCGCGAACGCCGCCCCCACUCGUCCGACUCCGACGUUACCGAAGCUGCAGGGGCAACCCCUCUUAGUAUACCGGAAAUCAUGACGGCUAAUCAAGAUCCAAAGAAGCUCAAACGAUGUCGACAGAAUGACCGCUUGCACAUCUUCUUUCUCCUUUUCAGCAAUACCUCUCGCCGAGUCAUAAACCGCGCCUUCUCAAGCUCCGCUGCCGAUAGCACUGUCUUCUUCGCUAUGGUAGAAACCUCAGUCUGGGACUAUGUUUUCAUCCGGACAUGCAUAUUCCUCCUACACCUGAUUGCACCCCUUAGCGUUGCCUAUUCGCUUGUCGGCUGGCUCGUCCAUAUCCCGCUCCAUGCCCCCCGCAUACUGAAGAUUUGGCUAGCUCUUGAGGCAGCAUUCUACCUUCUCGUCUACCUUCCGCGUAAAGCCUACCUCCAGAGGGCGGCGACACAUCCCACAAUCGCCUCUCGAAAUGAUCGACAGAGGUUAUUCUGGCGCUGCCACGGCAAUAUUCCAGAUCCGGACCGUUUCUUGACAAAGUGGUUCCGGGAUGCGCCGGCAGCGGAGAUUAAGCGGGAGAACGUCAAGGAUUUUUACCGGUGGGCGUUCUUGAACACCGCGGAGCCUGACCCGGCAUACGACGAGGAGCUAGAGGAAGAAGUUGGAACCUGGGCGUGGCAACGCGAGGUGCCUCAGACUGACGCUCGACAAGGUCGAGAUGUUACAUCGGAGCCUGACAUGGUAUCUGUGUGUGUUUAUUGUCGAUACGACAACGUCUAUCUGCCUGCGCUACUACUCCUUCGACUUCCACCGUGCGAGGAACUCGAUUGCAUAUUGAAAGCGCAUGGGUGGGAAAGGUUUGUCCUGGUGUCACAUUCCUUCGGAAGCGUGGUUGCCACACAUCUCCUCCACACCCCACAGAUCGCACGGAAGAUUGGGCCGAUUUUGUUUGUGGAUCCGGUGUCUUUCUUGCUACAUCUCCCUGACGUGGCAUAUAAUUUUGUUUAUCGGAAGCCGUGCCAUGCUAAUGAACAUCUGCUCUCCUACUUCGGCUCAAAGGAUAUGGGAAUCUCGCAUACGCUAUUCCGACGCUUCUUCUGGACUGAUAAUAUCUUGUGGAAGGAAGAUAUCCAGGGUCAUCGCGUGACUGUGGUUCUAGGUGGUAGAGACGCGAUCAUCGACACGAAAGUAAUUGGGGCGUAUCUGACAGGCUCAGAUGAUUGGAAUUUGGAGACUACAAGCUGGAAAGAUGGAGUUUGGAAAGGCGAUGGGCUAGAUGUGCUGUGGUUUCAUGAUUUAGAUCAUGGUCAGGUAUUUAAAGGGAGGAGGACGAGAAUGAGGUUAGUGGAUAUUGUGAGGAGGUUCUGUGUUGAGGAAUAGCUGGCUGGAUUUGGCGUGAAUAAAGGGUCCAGGUUUGAACUACGUCAAUAGCAACCCCCCUAGCAGGUACAUGCUGUCUAUGGAUGCCCC